AUGCAGGUGGAGCGCUACCGCCCAAAGACGUUGAGCGACAUUUUGUCUCACGAUGAUAUUAUCCAGACAAGCAAUUUUUUCUUUGAAUGCUCAGUUCGGCGGUAUGUCGACAAGGGUCAGCUGCCUCACCUUUUGUUUCACGGUCCUCCAGGAACUGGCAAAACGUCUACUAUUCUGGCCGUGGCUAGGCAGCUGUAUGGUUCCCAACAGGCAUCUCAUGUUCUUGAGCUGAAUGCCUCAGAUGACAGAGGGAUCGGGUCUGUGCGAGAACUGGUUAAAACGUUCGCAGAAACGACCUCCGCGUCUUUCUCUCUGUCUGGGACUGCGCCUUCUGGGCCUCCUAAACUGAAACUGAUCAUAUUAGAUGAAGCAGAUCAAAUGACAUCUGCAGCGCAGAAUGCGCUAAGAAGAAUCAUGGAAAGCUAUGCGCGCAACGUCCGUUUCUGCCUAAUUUGCAACUUCGUCAACAAAAUUACCCCUGCCAUUCAGUCAAGAUGCACCAGCCUGUCAGUGACAGAAGAUGGCUAUGAGGCACUCCUGCAAAUCGCUGCUGGAGACAUGCGUCGGCUCCUCAAUUGCAUGCAGGCAGCGAGCAUGGCUCACCCUGGGGAGCCAGUCGAUGCCGAGCUGGUACACCGCGUUUUGGGGAUACCUCAACCAAGUGAGGUAAAAGGCGUCAUGCAGAUUCUCUUGGAGAAGGAUCUGCGGACUUGUUCUUCAGAGUUCUAUGGACUGGUUACAAGGCGAGGCUACUCGGUCAGAGACUGGGUUGGAGCCCUCCACAGCGAGAUGCGAAAUAUGAAGCUGCCGGUGCCUGUGGCGUUGACUCUCGUGACACGCCUGGCAGAUAUUGAGGAGAGACUGGCAUUGGGCUCAGGUGAAUUCGUGCAGCUACACGCCAUCAUCGCAGCUUUCUUUGAGGCCCGACAUGCUUUGCAUGCCCCAAAGAGCCCGCCUGCUGUGGCGGCAAGCUAG